GGAGAACCAGCGGUGGAUCUGAUGGUCCGGAUCUGCCUGAACCCUGACAGAGACGUCUUCGGAGGAGAGGUUUUACAUAAAGGACAAAAGGACACAAGUGAGUCCGAGAAUGAGACGAGAAUAAGCACAGCUCACAACAUACUGUCGAUGUUUCGCCCGCGAUCUAAGUCUGAGCAGGACAAACUCGAGCUGCUCUCGAAUCUGUGUCGAAUCUACAGCAAAGAGCCCAAAGAGGUGGAGAGAGCCGUGCUGGAGCUCACAGACAUGCAGGCGAAGAAC